AACACCUCCAUUGCAACUGCAACAUAGACAGCCCAUCCACACCCGGAACCCCCCCACCCUAUCGAUAAGACCGAGCAAGCAAAAACCCCCCAAGAUCCCCAUCUCACUCACCGACCCCAAAACCUAUGACGCAACCAGCCAGCCAUACCCUCCCCACUACUACUACUCACCACCAAGUCAAUCAAUCCCUCCCCCAUAAGCCCUCCUCACCUUCUCUCAUUCCCUACAACACACGCAAUCUCCCCUCCCCACACACACCCCCAUACCGCGAGAAAGAAAACAAUUUGAGUAUACCUCAAAGAGAUAGAUAGAAAAAGAAAAAUGACCCCCCGCUGCUUCAUAGUCCGCCACGGCGAAACCUCCUGGUCCCUGAACGGCCGACACACGGGCACGACGGACCUCCCACUGACGGAAAACGGCGAGAAACGGAUAAAAGCCACGGGGAAGGCGUUGGUCGGGAAUGAUCGGUUGAUUGUGCCGAGGAAGUUGGUUCAUGUGUAUGUAUCACCGCGCGCACGGGCUCAACGGACCCUCGAAUUACUCGAAAUCGGAUGCAGGGAGAGGUUACCCUGGAAUGAGGCGCGGAAGUCCGAGGAUGAAGAGCCGAUACGUACGGAGGCGAGGGUGGAGGUUACGGAGGCCGUCAGAGAGUGGGAUUAUGGGGAGUAUGAGGGGUUGACUAGUAAGCAGAUUCGGGAGAUGAGGAGGGAGAAGGGGGAGGGGGAGUGGGAUAUUUGGAGGGAUGGGUGUCCUGGGGGAGAAUCCCCCGAAGACGUGAUCAAGCGUCUGGACGCGGUGAUCGCAGAGAUCAGAGAGAAGUUCCACAAGCCCUGUUUUGACGGCGACUCUUCCACGGGCAAGGGCGAUGUUCUCAUCGUAGCUCACGGACAUAUCCUGCGUGCGUUUGCGAUGCGCUGGACGGGGAAGCCGUUGACGGAGACGGCGCUGAUUCUGGAAGCGGGUGGUGUGGGCACGCUGAGCUACGAGCACCACAAUAUCGACGAGCCGGCAAUCAUUCUCGGUGGAGGGUUCGUAGUCGAUAACUGA